CUUUAUUUGUUUAUUUAUUUAAUUUUCUGAAUUUUCUUCAAAAUUUCCGUCUGCAUUCUCGUCUUGCUCCGUUCUCUCUCUUGAACGAAACCCUUGUUUCAUUUCACUCCCUGCGAUUAUAUCCAUAUAAAACAGAAACCAUAGAAACUUCACUCUGCAACAAACCCUAACGAUCCAAACGGUCAUUGAGGAUUUCAUGGUUCGAGUCACUGAGUUGAAUCGGAUAGGAAUCUGAGUUUUUCGGUGUUCGGUUGACGCGCUCAUGGGUGCUGCGGGCUCCAAGCUCGAGAAGGCUCUUGGUGACCAAUUCCCUGAAGGAGAACGUUACUUUGGCCUUGAGAAUUUCGGCAACACUUGUUACUGUAACAGCGUUUUGCAGGCACUAUACUUUUGCGUUCCAUUUCGUGAACAAUUACUAGAGUAUUAUGGAAAUAACAAAACCAUAGGGGACGUGGAAGAAAAUCUUUUAACUUGCUUAGCUGACUUAUUUUCGCAGAUAAGUUCCCAGAAGAAGAAAACUGGUGUGAUUGCUCCCAAACGAUUUGUACAGAGGUUGAAAAAACAGAAUGAACUCUUCCGUAGCUAUAUGCACCAGGAUGCCCACGAAUUCUUGAACUUUUUGCUGAAUGAACUUGUUGACAUUCUGGAGAAAGAGGCUCAGGCUGCAAAAACUGAUCAAGAGACAUCACCGCCUUUUGAAAAGGCUGCAAAUGGGCCCAAUAAUGGUCUCGCUAAUGGUUUUCACAAAGAGCCUUUAGUUACUUGGGUACAUAAAAAUUUUCAGGGAAUACUGACCAAUGAGACAAGGUGCUUGCAAUGUGAAACAGUGACAGCUAGGGAUGAAACAUUUUUAGACUUGAGCCUUGAUAUUGAGCAAAACAGUUCAAUUACGAGCUGUUUGAAAAAUUUCAGUUCCACCGAGACGUUGAACGCUGAAGACAAAUUUUUUUGUGACAAAUGCUGCAGUUUGCAAGAAGCUCAGAAGAGAAUGAAGAUAAAGAAACCACCUUACAUCUUAGUCAUCCAUCUCAAGCGGUUUAAGUACAUGGAACAGCUGGGCCGCUACAAGAAGCUGUCUUACCGGGUUGUUUUCCCCCUUGAGCUGAAAUUGAGUAACACUGUUGAAGAUGCAGAUAUAGAGUAUUCUCUAUUUGCAGUAGUUGUGCAUGUUGGGAGUGGACCCAACCAUGGGCAUUAUGUCAGCCUUGUGAAAAGCCAUAACCACUGGUUGUUUUUUGACGACGAAAAUGUUGAGAUGAUUGAUGAGUCUGCUGUGCAGACGUUCUUUGGAUCAGCACAGGAAUAUUCCGGUAAUACAGACCACGGGUAUAUUUUGUUCUAUGAGAGCCUUGGCCCCAGUAACAGGAACUAGACGGGAGGAGUUCUAGACUUUAGGUGGGCAUUCUUUGGUGAACUAACAGCCCUGUCUUCGGGAGAGCAAUAAACUCAGAUCGUGUAUACAAAGCAAAACAACUACCGGAGUCAUCUAUUUCGAUUAGGCUGCUAGGGGGAUGUACCGUAUAGUACUGAAGACAAUAGUACUGAAGCUUUAAUCUAAUUGUGAACCCAACCUUAGUUGCUCGUGACAGUGAAGUAUGCAUUGAAAAGUUUGCUUCACAAUUUUAUAGAAGCGUUUUGUAUUGACAUGAGAUAAAUCUGCACCGCCCAUAUCUGCAUCUGACAGGGAAAUGGGAAGCGUGUUUAUUUUGCAUUAUAAGAAUGGUAAAUGAUCCCUUAAUUGUGACAUAA